AUGUCGAAAGUCAAAAUCUACCCGCCCAAAAAGGGUUCUCCAGGGUCUGACAACCCUUUGCCGCAAACCAUCAAGACCCCAUCAGGACUUGCACUACUUGAGAUGCAGGGCACUAUCAAUCUGCCUCAUUUCAAUGCCGACGGCGAGGGUGAUAAGACUGCGCCUGAGGUCCCCGUUGGCAGGAUUGUAUUUCCGGAACACCAACCUGGAGAUGACAGCACAGCUUGGAUGAAGCGAGUCUUUCUUUACGUCGGUCAGCACCAGAGACUCAGCGGUGAAGUCAAGAAACUCCCGAAGGCGAUGGCCAUUGUUCGCCGCAAGGGAGAAGCGAAGACAGGCGCCAACGGCGAGACGGAGGAGGAGCUGGAAAUUGCUGAGAUUGUCAAGUACAAGAUCAUGUUUGGGCAGCGGCCUGAGCCUGUCGGGACAGAGCAUACUUCAUAG